AUGAUCGACAGGGUGCACGCUAAACAACCAACUGUCGAUCACCUCCUGCAGGCGGCACAGACUACUUACUCCUCGGCCAACGCCGAACUUGUGGCCUAUGUCAAAGAAUUAGUAGCUCAGGUCCGAGCGUUGACAAUGUAUCGCGAUCGCCCACGACGAUGCCGUCUGACACUCCCGCCUGGUGUGCGACUGUACGGCCCUGCAGCGUGUACAACGGAGGGCGACAAAAUUUGUGCAGGGUUUGUCCUUUACUCCUUACCCUACACGCCUUUCCAUCUUGAACCUGUACUCCCUUGA